GAGAGCUAGUGAAGACAGUGCUGGGUAAUGUAUGACUUAUAUUAGGUUUACGAGCUGCGAGUUCCAUGGUAGUAUUUUCUGUUGGGGCAUCAGGAAGAUAAAACUAGGCUUGGAGUCAAAGCUACAUACUUCUGCUGUUUGGGACCCUGAGAUAGGUGGAGCUGAGUUGUCCGCGAUUAUUCAUCCAAAAAUGUUUUGUUUAACAAACGCCCUCCUGGUUUAGUCAUUUGGCAGGCCCUGAGCGCUUAGAAGAAAAAAAACAGUCUACUUGAGGAAGGCUAGAUCAUACAACCCCCCUGUCUCUUUUAAAGGGCGCGCGCUCAGGUGUUCAGCAGCUGAACACAGACGAUAUGCAGAAGUGUUCGCUCUUACCAGAAGAAACCAGCUACGUGGACUAGCGGAAAAACUACGGCUUCGCGAGGGCACAAACUUGUGGCUCAUAAUUAUGCAAACAUUUGCCAUUUUAAACGUUUUAGAUGUUUAAAAGGAGUUUCGGCAUCGCGUUGGCAUUUCUUGCCGUCGCGGUGUUUCCACUGCUGCUGGAAUGUGCCACAACAUGUCGGAUGGUAAAUCAAACGGAUUAUGUUGAGGGAGACUGCCCUGUGAAACUGACCUCAGUCCAGGACUCUAAGGGGAGUUACUCUGAACGUGUCACUGUCCAUGUUUGGAUGAAGUCUGGUGACUUCCGUGAUGCCCCGAAGAUUGAAAUUCAACACUCUCAACAACUUGACACAAUUAGGCCUAUCAUGAAAAAAACGCCUAACUAUAAAAAAAAACCAGGUGAAAACCAUGUCAAGUGCAAGUCACAUAGCAAUGCCAGUUUUGCUCUGUGGGAGGUGAAACAUGAUUGUGAUGAAGCUGUAGCAAACAGUGUUGUUUCUGCGUCCUACAUCACAAAUUCAACACGCUGCAGUGUCAAUUACACAGUACCAGAUCCCAAGCCAGACUUUAAUCUGUCUGUGAACCUGUCGUCUAAAUCCAUCUCGGUCACCGUGGAGCCUGGAGACAAAGUUUACGCCAAAUGGUGUUACAAAAAAAGUCAAGUGGACUGCAUCGGCGGUGAACAUUCCCGCCAAAUUACUAUUGAUCCAUCUCAGUUUCGAUCAGCUCUUCUUAGCAUCCGUUACCUGCUGCCCUGUCUGUGUGUGCAGGUAUAUUACACCCGUACGGAUUCCCUGCGACAUACAAAGUGCCCAUUUCAAAGUGAGAGCCUUGCAGAUGUCAGAGAUGUUUGGCUCUCUUCUGAAGUCACACUGUAUGAGUCAAGUUUAAAGUGGAGCUCAGAGUGUCCUGCCAGUGACCUGAGGAUCUCUGCCUCCCUCUGCUGGAGGCAACACGAACACCUCUGCACACCUGAACUCAACUCCACACUGGAGAAAGAGAAGGAAGAUGGGCCAGACCUGAUUUAUAACACAUCUGCAGUGGACAAACACCCUCAGAUGUGUGUGCAGUUUUCUCUACAAGGCAGCCAUCAUAUAUCUUGCCCCUUCCAAGCCGACAUGUCUUCAUGGGAGGUGUAUAUCAGACCUGGCAGGAUGAGUGUGUUUUUGUAUCUCACCUCUUUUGUUCCUGCUGCAAAGUUCUCAGCUCAACUCUGUGUCCUUAAUAAGAGGGGAUGUACACCCAUGGGGCAGGUCCACUCUGUGACAAUGGAACGGACUACUACUGAAACAACGAUAAAUGUGCCUCUUCACUUUCUUGCUGAGAAGCCGUGUGUGCAGGUGUGGCGGUCGGAUCCUGCUCUUCAUGGUAGAAGAAUUCUGUGCCCGGACUACACGCACAACAGAUGCGGCAUGUAUGCUGUGGCAGUUUUGUUAUUUGUGGUUAUUGUUGCUUUACUGGGAUUUUGUAUCCACCGUCUCACCAAGAGUGGAGCUGCAGGUUGGCUCUGCAUCCAGGAGCCAGUGUUGCUGGUGUGCUCAUCAGAGCAGUCAGCCCACGUCUCUGCCGUGUGUGCAUUAGCCUCAAUCCUGCAGGGGGAGCUAAGUGCCAAAGUGCACAUGGCUUUGUGGGCCCAAAGCUCACAAACACAGACUGGGACUGGAGUGGCAGAUCUGGGUCCACUUCCCUGGCUGUACGGGCAGUGGGAAGCUGUGCGUAAGGCACAAGGAAAAGUGCUGAUUAUUUGGAGUCCUGAAGCCACAAAGACUUAUGAGAAGUGGAGGGAGGAGAGGGAAAACAUUGAUAAGAAUGAGAGAAAAGAGGAAGAUUACAGCAAAGUAGAGGUGAGACAUGAGAAAAUAAGAGAAGAGCGGGACGAGGAUUUGAAACUAAUUGCAAGAAGACUGGGAAAAUGCAAAAAAGAGAAAGCUGCGGGGAAAAAAGGUUGUGCCAGGUUAUGUGAUGAUAAAGACUGGUACACCCAGAGGGAGCCCUCUACAGUGAUCGUACCAGUGUUUACUGCUGCUCUGGCCUGCCUAGAUGGGGCACUGCAGGAAUGCAAAGGUCAAGGAGUAGCCCUUGUCUUCUUCCACGGCCUCUGCCAAAGCAGGGACAUCCCAAAGGCCUUGAGAGGUGUCCAUCGAUACUGCUUACCGCAGGAUUUCAGGGGUUUAAUACAGGAGCUGGGAGGGAUGAGAAGACAGACACAAACUGGUAAAUUAAGGUGGAACUGCUGGCCCAGACUCCUGUCUAAAGUGUUGUCACUGUGGCUGGCACGGCAGCUUGCCCAAAGACUACAAACACUGCUGCCUCAGACGCAAGGAAAGAAAAUGCAAGAGCUGAGCGUCACAUCGUCACAAAAAAUGAUGUCAGAUAAGACUCAAAGCAGGCUCAAGUUGCCACUGGCAGCCAACGUGGAAAGGCCAGGAACUGUACAAGAGCACGAGCCUCUCCAUGUGUUGCCAUGGCGAGAAGAGAAACUUUGAUCUCAGGUUUCAAGUGUCUAAUGGGGACAGGCCGUUUGUUCUGCUGGAAACAUGA